CAGAGGCUCACUCAGGCCUUUAUAAACUUUGUGUACCUCCACCGAAGGGUAUUUUCUUCGUCGUCUUCAGCUGUUGAGAAUAUACUUAGGAAGCAACAAUGCUGCCUCUCGCCGUAUUGGCCGUGUGCCUCAGCGCCACCCUCUCUGCCCCCAGCCUGGACCCGAGACUGGACAACCACUGGAACCUGUGGAAGAACUGGCACAGUAAAAGCUAUCAUGAGAAGGAAGAGGGCUGGAGGAGAAUGGUAUGGGAGAAGAACCUGAAUAAGAUCGAGCUGCACAACCUGGAGCACUCCAUGGGAACACACUCCUACCGCCUGGGCAUGAACCACUUCGGAGACAUGACUCACGAGGAGUUCAGGCAGAUCAUGAACGGCUACAAGCACAAAGCGGAGAGAAAGGUGAAGGGGUCCCUGUUCAUGGAGCCCAACUUCCUGGAAGCCCCCCGCUCUGUGGACUGGAGGGAAAAGGGCUACGUCACUCCCGUUAAGGACCAGGGUAAUUGUGGCUCCUGCUGGGCGUUCAGCACCACCGGGGCUCUGGAGGGUCAGGUCUUCAGGAAGACGGGUAAGCUAGUGUCUCUGAGCGAGCAGAACCUGGUGGACUGCUCCAGACCGGAGGGCAAUGAGGGCUGCAACGGGGGUCUGAUGGACCAGGCGUUCAAGUAUGUCCAGGACAACAGCGGCCUGGACUCCGAGGACUCCUACCCCUACCUGGGGACGGACGACCAGCCGUGCCACUACGACGCUUCGUUCAACGCUGCCAACGACACGGGCUUCGUGGACAUCCCCAGCGGUAAGGAGCACGCGCUGAUGAAGGCCGUGGCCUCCGUGGGGCCCGUCUCUGUCGCCAUCGACGCCGGCCAUGAGUCCUUCCAGUUCUACCAAUCUGGAAUCUACUACGAGAAGGAGUGCAGCAGCGAGGAGCUGGACCACGGCGUGCUGGUGGUGGGUUACGGAUUUCAGGGAGAAGAUGUUGACGGAAAUAAAUUCUGGAUUGUGAAGAACAGCUGGGGUGAAGGCUGGGGAGACAAAGGCUUCAUCAUGAUGGCUAAAGACAGGAAGAACCUCUGCGGCAUAGCGACAGCAGCCAGCUAUCCAAUGGUCUAACGUUAGCUGCUCUUCUUGGCUCCUUAGUGUUUUUUAUUGCAAUAGUUUGGUUGGAGGCGGCGGCGAGGCUUCAGUCACCGCGACAAUAACCGCAGGAGAUUCUGCGACUGUUAAUCAAACACUGUUUGUUGUUUUUAGGGAAAUGGCGCCUUUUUUUUGGCUGGUUUUGUGCCACUUUUAUUUUUGUUUAAAACAAAUUUUAGUUUGGUGUUUUUAUUAUUUGUAAAUAUGUGUACGUUACUUGGUAAGUGAUGCUUAAAAACUUGCUGCGGUCAAUGUAAAGGUUUUUUUCUACUUUUACUGUGAUCAAUUAAAAGUUGUGAAACACUA